CAACACCACACGCGAUCCUAGCCGAAUCGAAUCGCAUCACCAACCGUCACCGGCUGAGGGAGUUAUCGCAAUGGCGGCCGACGUGGGGUCACCUUCAUCCCCCACAGCUCCACCACCACCUCAUCAUCAUCGUCCACCUCCUCCACCUCCUCCUCGACGUCCCCACGACUAUCGCGACGUGCCGGGGCUGUUCUCGCUGCCGGCGGCGUUCCGCGCCUCGUCGGCCGAGGGGGGAGCCGAGGCGGCGGCGGUGAGGGAGGCGCUGAGGGCGAGGAGCAAGAGGAGCUACCUGGGACAGCUCAACGACCCUCACAGAGUGGGGCUCAUCGAUGACCCGGCCAUGGUGCGCUGGCAGUACGCGCGGACUCACAACGUCUACCCAAACUUCCGCCCCACCGCAAAGACGUCGCUCCUGGGGCUGCUGAUGAGUGUGGUGCCUAUCGUGGGUCUGACUGUGUUCUUCUACAGGGACAGGAAGAAGACCGUCGCCGCCAUUGAGAGCGGCUCAGCCGACCGCACGUUCAAGAUGUACGGCUGAAGCCGGCCUCCCCCACUCCGUCCACACGCGUGUCCCACCCCUCCCCCCUUGUCCACACGCGUGUCCCACCCCUCCCCCCUUGUCCACACGCGUGUCCCACCACACCCUUGUCCACACGCGUGUCCCACCACUCCCCCCUUGUCCACACGCGUGUCCCACCACACCUUUGUCCACACGCGUGUCCGACCCCCGCUUGCGUGUGAUGCGAGCUUCCUGCUCCUGCCGGCUGUUGGUCGUCUUCGUCGUGUGAAUGGCAAUAAAACAACGCCACCCGUCUCUACCGUC